GCAACCAAUAUCCCUUGAAUAUGUGCUUACUCUUAAUCAAAACAGUAUUGAUGGUAUUAUCAUAGGCUUACAAAAUAUAAGACUCUGCAGUGGUGUAUGUUAUGAUGGAGGAGUUCCAAAAACAUUCCAAACUGAAAUCAUAUCAACUGUAAACGAUGAAAACUCUUCAAAAAGGAUAGCUCGUUCAAAGUCAUGUAAAAAUCUUCUCCCAUACUUUGGCAAAACUGAAACUUGCAAAACCUGUUUAGAUUCCUUUAAUAGAUUCACUAAAAGACAAACAUCAAACACUUCAAAUGAAGAUCAACAAAUUGAAAAAAAAAAGUUUAAUUAAUAAAGAACUACCAAUAUCAAAUACAUGUAAUGAAGACAAUUUAGAAUCAAAAUCAGAGUCUAGCUACAUAAUGUUAACUCAAGAGUCUCACACUGACAUGGAGAUACUGUUGCAUAAAAUUUUGGAAGAUGAUUCAGCUGGUGACUUUAAAAUACUGUUAGAAUCCCAGGUGAGAAACAUCAAAAAUAGCAUUGAUGCUCGUCAGAGACGCUGGGACCCAACAAUUAUAAGGGUUUGCCUAGGCAUUCUGAUAAGAUCCCCAUCAGCCUAUAACCAUUUAAAGGAAUCAGGACUUUUAGUAUUACCAUCAAGAAGGACCCUUCAAUAUUAUAAAAAUUCAUUUAAACAAAAGCCUGGAUUUAACAAUGAUAAUUUGGAAUGGAUGCAGAAUGAAGCUGUCAGAACAAAGGUCUCAGAAUUUGGCAUGCAUGGUGGAAUAUUGUUAGAUGAAAUGGCUAUUCAAGAUGAUCUCAUUAUAUGUAAAAAUGGAGACAGCUGGGAUAUUGUUGGAAUGAUGAACAUGGGGGAGACAAAUAACAAUAUAAAAAUUAUUUCUGAUGGGAAGAAAAAAAUUCAAAUGGCAACACACAUUUUACAAUUUGUAUUCCAUGGAUUCACUGGCUUCAGAUGGCCUGUUGUUUAUUUUGCUUCCUGUACGGCCAAGGCCCACGAGUUGUAUACUACGUUCUGGGAAUGUGUCGACAAGCUUGACGAGUUUGGAUUUACUGUAGAUUAUGUAAUGCUUGAUGGUGCAUCAACAAACAGAGCUUUUUUAAAUAUGCUAAUGGUAAAUGCCAAGGAAUCAAAGUUUUUGUUUCAAAAUAUUUAUUUUCAUAAGCACUAUUUAUGUGCAAUUCAAGAUAUUAUGCAUGUGUUAAAAAAAGUUAGAAACAACAUAGAAUCAAGCAUUGCUGAAAAUAAAACCAAACCAGGUAGAUAUCUUAUCAUGAAUGAAACCCCAAUACUUUGGGAUCACUGGAGAGAGGCAUUUAAUCAAUUUUUCAAAUUG